UUGUAGGCGUUUUUGGUGGAGCAUAGCUUAUUUGAGAGUGGCUUUCUUCGCUUGAUGUGCCACUUUAGCUUAGCGUGGGUCAUACCUCGUCGAGUGAGAGAUCUACUCGUUUGUUGGAGAAUAAAGAUUUUAAAUUCUCAAAGUGAAGCUUUGUGGAAGAUGAUUUUACUCUAUUUGAUGUGGUACAUUUGGAGAAAAGGAAAUAACCGGAACUUUGAAAACAGUUAGAGGAUGGUGCUGGAGCUUAAGACCUUAUUUUUCCAUACCCUGAUUUAGUGGAUAGAUGUUUGUGACAGUUUUCCCAAUUUCUAGUUUUCAUGAAUUUUUUUUUAUUAUUUAUUUUUCUAUUUUUGUUUAGAUGUUUUUCUUUUAUACUUUCAGUAUACUUGGGUGCGCCGUUGAUUUUGAAUGAAUUCCAUUUACUUAUUGAAAAGUAAUGGGAAUGAUAUUAAGUGACACUUUAGGGUGUAUCCUUCAGGCUUGGUUGGUUUCUUUUGGUUACUCGACUUGGGACCAAUGCUAGUACAUAUCCAACCCUGGUGCCCCAAUGACUAAGCUCUCAGUUGCAAAAUAUUAGGAAGCUCUUUGUUAUGAAGAAGCUACAAGUAAGGCUUUUUUAGGUUAUGAUACUUGGUCUCAUGUUAAAUGAAAUUUGAUCAUAUUAAUUCGAGAGCUGAACUACAAUCGUUCAUUGGGAGGUAGGGUUGUUUCAGUUAGUCUGUGUUCAUAUGAGGUUGCAUCAGUUGUUACAUGUUCUAUAUGGCGUCCUUUAUUUUUUGGGCAAAAGCUUGUUAAGAAUUCUCUUUACAGGUUAGGCAUUGUACUCAAACCUUGAGACGAUUUUGAUUUCUCUCAAGUACAUGUGCGAUGGGUUGGCCUUCUGAGUUCGGGAGUGUCUGUGAUGGAAAGGAACUUUCUGGUGGAGUCGAAGUCCUUUUCUAUCUCGAUUUUGGAGGGGGCUUCGAUGGUGUGGUUGGAGGAGAAAAGAAAAAACUUCUUCGGUGGAUCGUCCUGAGCACCCAGUGCUUCGAUUGGCUAGCGUCGACGUUGAAGAUUCUCUUGGGUUUCCUUGGAGAUCAAGAUUUCGUCAAAUCCUUUAGGGAAGGGUCUAAACUUUUGAUUGCCCAUAGAGGUGAAAAUAAAGCUGGCCAGUUCUUAGAGGCAGCAGCCUUUGGGUUGGGUGGUCGAAAAGGUUUCAUUCUGAUCCCUGAGGGUCACAGAGGAUGGGGCUGGCAUAAGUUUUCCGGCGUGUUGAAAUUGGUUCCUGUUUCGCUUUUUGCUUCGGUGGAUCCCGGGAACAUCUCCCUUAAUGCGACGGUAAAGCAGGAGGGGCCAUCGUAUGGUGCAGUGCUAAGGUCGUUUUCGGAUUUUAUUGCGAAGGAGCUGCCCUUCAAGGGUGGUUGUCUCUCCGGGUUGAGGGUUCCACUGGCCGAACUGUGCGCCCUUGACCUCUUUCCGGCGCUGAGGAGUACUGUCCCUAAGGUUUCGAGAACGGUAGUGGACUGCUCAAUUUUGGGGCUCCCUCUGGUUAUUCAUCCACCGGGUAAGAAGCAAGCUCCAAUUCGUUGCUCUUCGUUUGAUCCGACGAAUAUGGGUUUGUUGCUUCAUCCGCUGGGUAAGAAAAAGACCCAUACUACUCACUUUGUUCGAGGCGCAGUAUCAACUAGUUUGAAUUCAAAUUUGCAUAUGUGGUUUCGGAUGUUUCUCGGUUUUAACUUAGCUUUGGGCUUGGCUAUUGGGAAGUUUUUGGGCUGUGCUGCUGGACCCGAUUCGGGCUCUAAACACAAAAGGGUUAGGUUGGGACGGGUUUUGCCGAAACCCAAACCUUUAGUUUCUCUCAAGUUGGACUCCACAAAGAUUGCGGGUCUGGUGCCGUCGACUUCUCUUGGGUGUUCUUCUCGACUAAAGUCCACGUCACCAUUAGUUUCUGGGGAUGCAGCAUGCAGGUGGCUCUGGUGGUCCCAAGCCAAGUUCCAGCCUCCAAGCCGUUCGGUUUUCCCCCUUUGCCAGCGCCGAAGUUGCUGGUUCCGGUGUCUUUGGCUGCUUCUCUGAAUCCUCUCCCUCUGCCGAGUAGUUCAGGUGCUGCUUUGGCAGCACAGGUGGUCCCUCAGCCCACUCAUGUGGGGUUUUCUCAGCCCUGUUUUGCUCCUCCUCCUCCACUGGGGCAGCUGAGUUGGGAGUGAAGUUGUGUUCUUCUCUCCCUGUGUUGCAGAUAACUAAGCCUUUUCAGAGUUACUACAGGAGGGCUAAAGAACUCAGGUAAGAGCAUUUCGUGAAGUGGAAUGAUGUGUUACUUGAAGACUCCCUAGUAGCCUCUUUGAUAAUAGAGUUUCGGGUGCAAAGCCUCCAGGGAAGAUUUCGGAUGCAGAGCUUCCUGCGAAGAAGGCAGCAAAGCCUCAACCUCCAGUGAAGCAGGGUCUAUUUAAGAAAGGGUUUCUCAACCCCUGCCCAACUAUAUCUGUCACUCUUGUUUCACCUCAAGAGGUCAUCGAUGUCGGGGUUGUCACUCCCGUUUCACCUCAAGAGGUCAUCGAUGUUGGGGUUGUAGGUCCUUCCUCCCCACACGAGAUGUUGUUUCAUUCCCUCGUCCGUUGAGGAAAAUGGAUUUUCCCAAUCUCAAGAUUGGCUUGUCAGUUUUGAUCACAGUGGGGAGAUUGUGGUCUGGGAGGAGGACGUUGAUUUUUGGAAUGGAUUACCCUUGGAUUGGGCGGUGGAUGAUGAUUUUGGGGAGGAGGCCUUGGCUAUUAGGGAUGUCGUGGUAGAAGAUUUUCUGCGAUACAAGAUGAUAGCGCGCCAGAAGUCUAAAAACGAGAGAGCUCUUGAAUUUGCAAAGUUCCAUCAAUUAUGGCGACGUUAAAGCCUCCUCUAGGCGUAGGAAAUGCAAGGCUCACAUGAUGUAAGGUGGUGAGCCUUGGUGGGUUUUGUGGGUUGACCUACGGGUCCUUGGUUUUUUCCUUGCGUUUUUGUAUGGGUUCCUAUGCGGGUUGUUUUUGGGUGCUCUUUAUCGGGUUCUAGGGUUUUGGUUAUGGGUUUUGUUGGGUUAUUGUGGAUUAGCUUUGGUUAUUCUUGUGUAUACUUCAUGUGUACUUAGGAGCGCCUUACGCUUUUUUUCUUUAAUAAAAUUUUGUUUACUUAUCAAAAAAUUAGGUUAGAGAAAAUUCUGUCAACCUAGUCUAUUAAAUUGACAUGUUUUUGAAGUAUGUAAUUUUCAGAUGAAUUUUUAAUAGAGCAUGCAUUUUUUAAAAACUUUGUUCAAUAUUUUGAAUCACAUGCUUUAAGAACAUAUAUGAAUUUAAUAGACUAGAUUAAAGAAAUUUCAUCUAACUCAUUUUGAAAAAAUAAAACUUUUUCUUUGCCUUUGUAUUCUCGCUUUCCCUUUUCUUUAUUCCACCUAAAUAAUCUUACUCAAGCCCCUCCCUUUGUUCAAAGCUUCUAUGAUAAUGAAGAAGGAUGUUUCUUAACUUGUUUGUUUGGAGGCAAAUGGGCUCACAGAAGUAUGUUAGGAUUCAUACCAGCAAUCUCUGAACUCCAACUAGAAUUCCCCUUGACUCGUGCCAUUUUGAAUCUUUAAGCAUUGGGUUGAGAUUUGGAUCAGUAGUGUGUUAUGAUCAAGUUUAAUUUGACCAUGGGAUUUUGAAUAGGUUUAUGACAUCAAGUAUUAUGUAGGGUCGUUUAGUAUACGAAUAAUGCUAUAUAUCAUGCUAUUAUUCCAUUAUAUUGAUAUUGCAGUGUCAAUCUACCCUUAAAUCAACUUUUGUUUAAAAAUAAAUAAAUAAUAAUAAUGGUGGAUGUGGUAUAUAGUAUUAUUCAUGGGAAUGUGGGGAUGGAAGUUUUGUAUAAGUUUACUACCUUUUUUUUUUUUUUUUUUAAAGAAAAAAAGAAAAAUUCAUUUGAUUGACGAUAGCUCUGAAGAGAACGCACAUGACAAGGCUCCCUCACUACCACACAAUGGAGUAAAAGAUCUACUACUUAGCAAGUUAGCACCAAUUCACUAUUUCCCUUUUGUUGAAGAAUGUCAACUGUCCUGCAGCAGCUUUAGUCAAUUGUUUAAGGUCUGGUUUGCUGUAGGCAAGAAACCAGAUACGUUUUUAAAGGUUGCGACAGAUUGGAAAGUUUAAGUCUUAUAUUGAUUCUUUACCCUUUUUUUUUUUUUUUUUUGAUUGAACACAGUGCUAUCUUAAUUACGGAGAAACCAUCCCCAAAGGGAAUACACAAGCAGGAAUCCAAUACAGAGCACAAAGCACCAAUACAACAAUUAAGCCCGAAGGCAAAAUCUGAGCCCUAAGGUUGUAGAGAUAAAAAAUCUCUACCCACAAAGCCUGGAGGCAACCCGGUUUAAAACAGCUACCAAAAGGUAGACUGUGACCAAAGACAAGAAUUUACAUAAGACACUAAACAGAAAAACCCUAGAACACAAGCACCGCGAAAAAAUCGGCCACCAGAGUCUGCACGUGUAAAAACAUGCGUCUUUUCCGGGAACUCCCCUACAAUGGAUGCCCUACAGGAAUAAAGAUCGACGCCUUCCAAGACCAGAGAAGCAAGCUGUAAACCAC